AUUCCUGGACUCGAAUCCCGACAUGAGCCGUGGUGAAGAGACGCAGAGUAAUCCCUUGGAGUGGAAAGAGAGAAAGAUUCCAGCACCAGCCCGGCUGUGUUAUUAGAGAUUUAUUACGUUUGGAUGUCAGGCAAAACCUAGUUGUGAUUUACUGAGGCUGGCUGGUUGGCUGGAUUUAAGGGGCUCAAUGCGCUCCGGAAGUUCAGCAAGGAGGAGGACGAGGGCUGCGGAGCGCACCGUAAGAGAGACUCUCCAAUAGUUAGCGUUGUGUUGACAGCGGUAAAGUAUGAAGGGAUGUGAGCUGAACAUAUAGUAGAAUGGCACCUUAUCUCACAUGGUCUUCUGAGGGAUGGCAACUUUUCACCACCACCACCACCACCACCUCCACCCCCACCAUCAGCAGCACUAUCCGAGCGCGGACCUGCGGCGGCUGUUCCAUCGGCUCACCAUCGCGUCUUCUCUAAGCGUGCUCUGCUUCUCCUUGGUUUAUCUCCUGACCGGAUGCUGCGAGUCCGAGCUGACAGAAAACUCUGAGAUCAAGCAACCCACGCGCGAGUUCCUUGUCUCGGGGUCUGGGUGGCCGUACAAGAGGAACGGAACCAGCGGUGCCAGGGAGGUUACCACCGCGGUUGGCGAACGAGCGUUCAGCGGUCAUCCGGGGCUGGAGGCAAACAGCUCCGGUAAAGAAUGGACAGCGACUCGGAGGUUACCCCAGGCUUUGAUUAUAGGGGUUAAAAAGGGAGGCACCAGGGCUCUGCUGGAGUUUCUGCGGCUCCACCCGGACAUCCGUGCCUUGGGGUCGGAGCCGCACUUCUUCGACCGGCAUUAUGCACGGGGACUGGACUGGUACAGAAGUAUGAUGCCCAAAGCCCUGGACGGUCAGAUCGUUAUUGAGAAGACGCCUCGUUACUUUGUUACCGUGGAAACGCCAGCACGAGUCCAUGCUAUGUCGCAGGAUGUGAAGCUGAUUGUGGUCGUCCGUGACCCUGUGACCAGGGCCAUAUCUGACUACACACAGAUCAUCUCAAAGACCCCCGACAUCCCUCCUUUUGAGAGCCUGGCCUUCAAGAACCGCACCACAGGUCAGAUCGACUCACUGUGGAGCCCGCUGUGGAUAGGCCUGUACGCCCAGCACCUGGAACGCUGGCUGGCCUGGUUCCCCAGGACUCAAAUCCAUCUGGUCAGUGGCGAGAGGCUCAUCUCCGACCCUGCCGGAGAACUUGGCAAAGUCCAGGACUUUCUGGGUCUCCAGAGGAUUGUCACAGACAAGCACUUCUACUUUAACAAAACAAAAGGCUUCCCCUGUCUGAAGAAGCCAGAGGGCAGCAGUAAACCUCACUGCCUGGGGAAGACAAAAGGGAGGACGCAUGCCUCCAUCGACCCUGAGGUGAUCCAGAGACUGAGGGAUUUCUACAAGGUGCAUAACCAGCGUUUUUAUCACAUGGCAGGCCAGGACUUUGGAUGGCAGUGACCCUUUAUUUGUGUGGAACCAGAGGCUUUUGUUGGUAUUAUGCUGCUUGGGGUAGAAGCAUGAGAAAUUCUUCCAUCUGACUGAAACAGAUUAUUAUUAUGUGCUUCUGACCAGCGGGACAUCUCAGAGACUUCAUAAUGAAAACUCAGUGUCAGUACAUAUACCCCUAUCAAUCAAUCAAUCCUCUUGUUCAAGUGUUUGAACGACAGCAGCAUUAUUUCGUUUAUCAUAGAUGUUCAGUAAGGAAUGUACUGUACAUCUUCCUCAUUUGGUAGACUAUGCGAGGUGGUUAAAUAAAAUAUUUGUGAGUUCAUGAGACAGUGCUUGCUACAGUUGCAAAGUUUAAUGGUCGCUUUUAGCAUCUCUGGUUUGCAGUUUAAUCCUGAUGCUCUAGUCGGUAGGCUGUUGUGGCACAAUAAACCUAGAACUGGUGCGUUUCUUAAACCAGAACUUUUUUCUACCAUCUUGUUCUUCAGUCUCACUGGUUAAGAGUUUAAGGGCAAUCAAUGCAUACAUAGAGUAUUGUCCUCCAAGCAUUGUUACCUAAAAGGGGGAAUUAAUCUUUUAUGUGGCAAGCAACCAAGGGGUGAGAGAUAGAAUCUUUAAAUGAGCUGAGAUUUGACUGAGUGGUUUUGAAUUCUUAAAUAAUAAAUGUGGAUAAAUGGAUGUAGGAGAACUGUUCCGGAUCAUUUGCUUCCUUUCCUAUUGGCACAUUUAUGUGCUAGGCUUACGUUAGCAUCCGACUGCAGGACUACCUGACCUGUACCUUGAGUGAAGUAAAGGGACCGCUGGGGGAUAACCAAAAUGAGACCAGGUCAUAUCAACGGCCAUUUCUUGUGAUGAAGAGGCUUUCAGGCUGUUUCAACUGUUUCUGUGAGAAGGCCUGCUUACAGGGUUGUUAUCUGUUUGCAUGUAUUUGCACUAGUUUGAAAGCAUAACAAAUAAAACUAUUUUUAAUCCAA